AUGCACAAAAUCAAAUAAAAUUUAUAAUUUUCUAAGUUGAUAAAAUCAUGAUAAAUAAAUCAUUACAUCACACUUAGGCAAUAAUUAUUGCCCAAUUAUUAACACAAAAUCAAACAUUACAUACCCUGAAUCCAAAGAAAAAAACAAGCAACAUGAAAUAUCACAAGCCAUGUUACAAAUAAAACCCCAAUCAAGAGCCCCAUUAACAAAUUCACAAUUUAAACAUUAAAAAAAAUCAUAAUCCACUCGUUUAAUACUUUUCAUGUUCACUUUUUGGACGAGACCCAUUCGAUGAAAAUGAUGGAUUUAAACGAAAGGGUUAUAAAUUUCUAUCAAGCUGCACAUCUAUUCGCACUUGAAGCCUGGUGGAAUGGUCUUGCCACAAGCACUGAGCAACAAGCUUAAUGUGAUUGGGAUGUUGAGGUUGAUUCCCAAGACAUUAGCCUUGAUGGCAGUGCAAAGACAAGCUGCAACUUCCAAAUCGACCAAACCCUCAAGUAGUGCACAACAUUUGCUUGAUGCUGGGGUUCCAACCACUACAUUGACCAGACCUAGAACAUCGGCACAGACUCCUAACUUCAGUGUGUCCCUAGGGCAGAAGGGAUUUGCUGGGGGACCCUUGGGUGGUAACGGUGUGGGCAUACAUGAGCCACAAGCAUCAGAAUACGUGACGGUGAAGAUGAGGAAGAAAAUGAAGAUACUAGUGAUGGAGUGAGUGGCCAUGGCUAGUGAGAGACACACAAUGUUGCUAUGGUUUCUUCAAGGG